AUGUCACCUCCGCAAUGGGUUAAAGACUUGAAGCCAUCCGGUCCGCAAGGUACUGAGCUCAUCAAGGCAGAGAGGGAGAAGUCUAAUAUAAAUGUCGAGAAGCUUUCGAACUUUUUGUUUACGAAAGAGGUACUCGAGCGUCAGGAAAAUGUAUUGAGGAUUCUCCAAGCCGAUAAAGUAUUCGACAAAUCGAAUAAUUAUUUCGAUGGUCGAGUGGAUAGAUUCAAAUCUUCCCUCGCGAAGGCGAAAAGACUUCGUCAAUUACAAGUCAAGCACAACUGGAGUGAAGAUGAAUUUCGGGUCGCCAAUGAUCUCAUCAGUGAGCCAACUCCUUUUGGCCUUCAUGAAACUAUGUUUCUGACCACCCUGCGUGGUCAAGGUACUCCUGAACAACACAAAUUAUUCCUCGAACCUGCCGAGAACUACAAGUAUAUUGGAUGUUAUGCGCAGACAGAAUUGGGACACGGAUCGAAUGUGCGAGGUUUAGAGACAACCGCUACUUGGAAUCCGGAAGACAAGACAUUCAUCCUUCACUCGCCACAUCUCACUGCCUCAAAAUGGUGGAUUGGAUCAUUAGGGAGGACGGCAAAUCAUGCUGUAGUCAUGGCGCAACUUAUUAUUGCGGGAAAGCCAUAUGGUCCACAUCCUUUUGUGUGCCAGAUCAGAGAUUUGGUAACCCAUGAGCCGUUGGAGGGUGUUUAUGUUGGUGAUAUUGGACCAAAAUUUGGCUACAACACCAUGGAUAACGGGUUCCUGUUAUUGAACCAUGUCAAGAUCCCACACAUCAACAUGUUGGCCAAGUUCUCUAGGGUUGAUCCAGAAACCAACAAAUACGUCAAGCCAUCAUCACCAUCCUUGAUUUAUGGUACUUUGACUUGGGUCCGAUCAACCAUCGUUCUCCAAUCCGGUGGUGUCUUAGCUCGAGGUGUGACCAUCGCGACAAGAUAUGCCUCCGUCAGACGACAAUUCCAAGAUCGUGAUGCUGGACCUGAUGCAUCCGGGGAGAAUCAGGUUCUCAACUAUACAAUGGUACAAUACCGAUUGUUGCCAUUGCUUGCAGCGACCUUUGCUUUGCACUUCACCGGAAAGGCGAUGAUGGGGCUAUACCAGGAUAAUCAGAAGAGGAUGCAAGAAAAUGCGGCAACUGCUUCUGAUAACAACAGGGGUGCCGGUCCAGAGGAGCUCAACUCCGGAAGUGAUUUAUUGGCCGAUUUACAUGCUACAUCAUGUGGUCUUAAGGCUCUUGGAAGUACCACGGCUGCCGAAGGUCUUGAAGUCUGUCGAAGAGCAUGUGGUGGUCACGGAUACUCAAGCUUCAGUGGCAUUGGCACUUGGUAUGCCGAUUACCUUCCAACUACAACAUGGGAAGGAGAUAACUACAUGCUCACUCAGCAAGUAGCUCGAUAUCUUCUCAAAUCCGCUCGCGCUGUAUUGAAGGGAAAUGCCCCCAAUAACGACACCACCAGAAUUUUCACAACCUUCCUCCAGAAGCAAGAUAUGGGUGCUGCGCACGAUAUUCUUGGCUCAGAUUCUGAUAUCGUCGCCGCUUUCGCUUGGAGAACAUCUUUCUUGGCAUUCGAAGCCCUCAAACAUCGUGAUGCUGAAAAGGGAUCAUGGAACUCCCUUCUCGUUGAUUUCUGGCGUCUCAGCACUGCACACUCUCAAUACCUCGUCGUGAAGAACUUUUACGAUGCUCUUCAAAGCGAGUCGCUCCGCUACGAACUAGACCCCGAGACAAUUGACGUUCUUCACAAACUCUACCGUCUCUAUGCUCUCAACACUCUCGAGAAAGAAGCAUCUGAAUUCUAUUCUUCAGCUGCUGUCACCGUGCGCCAAAUUCAAUUGGCGAGAACCAAGACGGUGAUGAACUUAUUGUCCGAGAUAAGACCACAUGCAUUACGUCUUGUUGAUGCAUGGGCAUUCCCUGACUGGCAACUUGAUUCCUCUCUAGGAAGAAAGGAUGGAAAGGUUUACGAGGAUAUGUUCUACAGAGCAAGUCAGUUAAACCCGCUCAAUGGACUGACGGUUGAUCCGUAUGCGGAUAAUGAUAAUAUCGUUAAGAGAGAUGAGACGGAGAGGUUUAGGAGAGAGAGGGAAUGGGAGGAUGAAAAGUAUAAAGGAAUAACCCCUCCCCUCCCUGCAGACUUUAAGAAGAAGAUCAAUUAUAGAGAAAAGAAAGAAGACUCAUCUGAAAAUCUUUGGGUAUAA